AUUUUACUUAGGACAAAGUACAGUUCACAAAGUAAUCUCUUCCCUCAAGCUUUCUAUCUCUCUUUCCUCCGUUAGACCCGCUCUCUCUCUCCAAUCCCCUUCUUCUUCGUCUUCCCCUUCCUCCUCACUAGAGUUUUUUGAUUCAUUCAACAACAGACCCCACCUCAUCUCUCUUUUCUAAUACGAUGACCUCGAAGAACAACGGCUUGUCUGCCGCGCUUGUCUCCAAUCUCCAAGACGUGCUUUCCAAGAGAAAAGGAGGCAGCGAUGCAUCUCCGUCGGAGGAGGCUCCCUCCACUUCUGUUGCGGCCAAGGAGGAGAUCGAUGAGGACUCAAGACCCAUCGUUUUAGUCACGAAUGGAGAUGGGAUUGAUUCGCCUGGACUCCUCUCUCUCGUUGAGGCUUUGGUUAGCGAAGGGCUCUACAAUGUCCACGUCUGUGCUCCUCAAACGGAUAAAUCGGUUUCCUCUCAUUCUAUGACUCCUGGAGAAACCAUCGCUGCGAGUUCGGUUAUUAUCAAAGGUGCCACCGCCUUUGAAGUUUCAGGGACUCCUGUGGACUGCAUCUCAUUAGGAUUAUCAGGAGCGCUUUUCGCUUGGUCUAAACCAAUACUGGUUAGUAUUUUUUUAAUCAUCAUUGAGAUGUUAUGGUACUAUCUUGUAAUUUCUGCUUAUUUUCUUCAGGUGAUUAGUGGAAUCAAUCAGGGAUCAAGCUGUGGUAAUCAAAUGUUCUACUCCGGUGCAGUAGCUGGAGCCAAGGAGGCUUUGGUUUCUGGAGUACCCUCUUUGUCAAUAUCACUGAACUGGAAGAAAGGUGAAAGCAAAGAAAGUGAAUUUAAGGAGGCUGUUGGUGUCUGUUUACCUCUGAUUAACGCAACUAUCAGAGACAUUGAGAAAGGAGUUUUCCCUAAAGACUGCUCUCUCAACAUAGAAAUUCCAACAUCACCCUCAUCAAACAAGGGUUUCAAGGUGACAAAACAAAGCAUGUGGAGGCAGAGUCAUAGUUGGCAAGCUGUUUCAGCUAACCGUCACCCUGGUGCUGGGAACUUCAUGUCCAACCAACAAAGCCUAGGAGCUCAGCUUGCCCAGCUUGGCAGAGAUGCUUCAGCUGCUGGAGCGGCACGUCGUUUUACAACGCAGAAGAAGAGUAUUGUGGAGAUUGAAUCGGUUGGUGUUGCUCCUAAAACUGAGAGCCGUGUUAAGAAAUACUUCCGCCUAGAGUUUGUGGCUAAAAAUGAAGAACAUACGGAUGAAGAUUUGGAUAUCAAGGCUCUAGAAGAUGGUUUUGUCUCUGUGACUCCAUUGUCUCUACGUCCAAAAAUGGAUUCAGAAACUCAAGCCGCAGUGUCAGAAUGGAUCUCCAAAGCCCUUAACGCUGAUCAAUGAAAAAGGUCAUACUCAGUAAAUUAUGUUACAUGGUUUGGGCAAAUCUGCUAACUCCAUUCUGCAUUUGUUUGUUCUUUGUGGUCUUGUUGUUAUUCAACCAUUGUUUCUAUAUUAUUUAUUUGUUCCUCGUACAAGUCUCGUGGGUUAUUUUAUGUUGGCUUGGUUGAUUUGUCAGUAGCUGUUUGGGAACGUUUUACCUUUGUAAUUGAAAAAGGGUCGGUCUGAGUUUUCAUUCA